AUGCAUUUAACAGCACUUGGUAGCACCUCUACCUCUAUCAGUACUGUCUCCUCAAUCUGGAGCCCUGCCAUUUCUCCAGGCUCUGCACCCCCGUCUGUCUCCCUGCCGGAGCCCGUCGCUCCCGCAAACACCUCCUGCAUGCAGCGCUCCGUCUCAGGCACUGCUGGCUCCUCCUACCCCAUGCCCUACAACCAGACCACCGGCUACAGCCAGGGCUACCCGACUCCUUCCAGUUCUUACUUCAGCGGAGUGGACUGUGGCUCCUAUCUGGCCCCCAUGCACUCUCAUCACCACCACCCUCAUCAGCUCAGCCCUAUGACAGCGUCGUCCAUGCCCACGCACCCCCACCACCACAUCAGUCAGUCCUCAGGACAUCACCACCACCAUCAUCACCAGGCCUACAGUGGCACUGGCCUGGCCUUCAAUUCUUCUGACUGCCUGGAUUACAAGGAGCAAACGGCCUCCUCCUGGAAGCUCAAUUUAAACACUACAGACUGUUUGGACUACAAAGACCAAGCGUCCUGGAGGUUCCAAGUCUUGUGAUCUGAUUUUUUUUAAUGCCCUCUGUUUUCACCAUCUCUCUGUUUUAAUAGUGUGCUGAGUUUAAGGGAAAAAAAUAUAUGGACAAAGAUUUGAACACAAUAUUUAGAUGUGCAUCACAUUUUGAAAAGUGAGCCCCCCUUUUUUUUAGAGAAAAGAAAGGGGGAAAACGGCAAAGUUGUGGAGGGAAAUGAAAGCUAGUUUUCCCUUUUUUGUUCUUCCCUGAAGAGACUUAAUUAGAUUUACUCGACGACCCAGAGUUCUGGUUCUGAAGUGUUCUGCCGGACUCGCGUCACUCUCCUGCCUGAUCUGGAUUACCGUUUUUCUACACGGGACACUGAAUGCUCAGCGACCGUUUUACCUCCACCUCUCAAACCUGUACAGCUGUUUCGUUUUUCUAAAUAUGGUUAUUUUUUAGGAUGACAGAUUCUAGUCAGCUUAACGGAGCUGAAUUGUGUACAUAUGUAUUUGGGUCAGUUACAUUGACCAUAUUUAGUUGGUGUUACUGGAUUUCAAAUGGUUUAAUAAGACUUUGAAACGACUUUAUGUAAAUAUUUUUCCCAAAUAAUCCAAAGAUCAAGAAUUGGCCGCUGGUCUUAUUUGAUAUAACGAAAACCAAUUUUUGUUACCCUGAAAAAUAAAGAUAAAAAUAAAUAAAUAGGAUUUUAUAUUGAGAACACCAUGUGGAAAAAAAAUAAAAAUUUGAAGAAAAAAACAAGACUUAAUUAUACUUUGGACAUUUUUAGAGCGGGGGAUAUUUGGUUGUGAUAUUCCAAGGUAACUAGCAUUUGACGAUUUGUUGCGGUGGAAGAGUACGGGCAUGAUUAAAAUUGUUGGAUGCAUUUAACAGCACUUGCCUUAAUUGCUCUAACCGGAAAAUAAAUCAUGUGGAUAACGAAAUGUGGUUUAAGGAAGAAUUCCCAAAUGCCAGUGAAAUGCUGAAUGUAGGCUACUGCAGGCGCAGAUCAUUACAUUCAUGUCCGUAAUAAAGAUCAGUUAACUACCAAAAUAUCACAUGACUCCUGAUUGGGGUAUGUCCAAUUUUAACAUCCAAAAUUUAUUUUCGUGAUGUUGCAAAUGUUUUCAACUCUCAACAAACGAAUAAAUAAGUUAAAAAUUCAAUAAACGCACCUCAAUUUUAUUUAUUUGGUGAGAUGCUGGAUACAGUUUGGAUUUAGAACGAAUUUUACAUGCCUAAUACUUCCUUUUUU